AUGUCUCUCAAUGGGCUAGACAAUCCCGCCGUCUUCGAUGCCUACCAAGGGGCCCUCGCAGACGCCGGCGGAUGGUUCCUGCUGCACUAUGUCUCCCGCGACGAAGUAACCCUGCUUGAUCGAGGCACCGGCGGUGUCUCCGAGAUCCGCAAUGCCAUCGCCAACUACUCCGAAAUCUCGCCGCUGUAUGGCUUCCUGCAAUACCGCCGCAGGAAGGUGGUGAUCCGAUAUAUGCCCGAGGGCUUGUCGCGCCUCAUCCAGGCUCGGAGCAAUGUCCAAUUCGGAUCCUUCCUCGACAAGUUCACCCCCAAUGACACAGUCCUGCCCCUCGCCCGGGCUGCCGAGCUCACUGAGAGCGCGCUGUCCUCCGCCUGUCUGCUCCAUACCGCGUCCACCUCUAUCACAUCCUCGUCGAGCUCUCUCCGUCGCCGUCGGUUGAUGGAGAUCACGGAAGAUGCCGAGGAGAACGGCGCCAAAGAUGAAGCGCAACCUCCCAAACCUGAACUCCAAACUCGGCAAAGAUCAGGAAGUCAGAGAUCAGAAGCCACCGUCGUGCCGCCGUCCACUGCGCCAUCGCCGUCGACAGAGACAACCUCGCCGGACCUCAGGCCACCGCCGUCGCGCGACAGUGCGAGAACGGCGCCGCCUCUCAAGACCAGUCCCCAUGAACUGCAAUCAAGCGCCUUGUCCCCUAUGUCGCCGCCCAUGUCCCCGAGUACCUUCUCAGAACGGCAAAAACCAAGGAGUAUCCUGGACGAGUUCCCGCGCCCAUCUGACGAUAUCCGAAUGUCUACUCAGUCUUCGCGACCUUCGCUACGAGAUCUAGAACGAACGGGAUCAUAUACCCAGAAAGUAAAGCUAGGGCCUCGACCCUCCGUGGACAGCAGCGGCCGCCCACGCACCUCAGGAUCUUCCCGAAAUACAGAACAGCGCCCCGUCGCCUCACUUCCAGCGGGUAUCCGCUCCUCAUCAUUACGGAAACCACCGGCCGCGGACAUGGACACGCCGCGACCGCGGUCCCAAGGCAGCCAGUUCGCGUCUAGACCCAGCAAGUUCAAGAUGCCCCCUGUUCCUCCACUUCUGGUGCCUCCACCAUCAAUACCUAUUUCACGGCCGCAGCUGUCUCCCGGUGCUAAAUCACUCGGCGCGCUUUCGACUUCUUCGGGAAUGACGCCGGAGAAAGAGCGGUUGAUGAAGGCGUUGCAACAGAGAAAAAAGGCGCAGGCGAAGCGUGCGGAACAAGCGAACCGAAAACAGAGUAUUGCGGAGGAGGAGCCGACUGCGAGCAAGGUUUCUUCGGAGAAUAAGGAGAAUAAGGCUCCCCUGUCGGAGAAAGCUGGGCUGAAGAAACCUGAACCAAUCAAGGUCGAGCCCGAAAAGGUUGAAUCACAGCGUGUGCCGGAGAAGAUCGAGCCAGUAAUGCUUCAACCGGUGAAGUUCAGGCCGGUGAAGUACGAGCCUGAGAAGCUCGAGGCAGAGCAACCUAAGUCGGAGAAGGUUGAACCGCAGCCUAAACCAGAGAACGUUCAACGAGAGAAAAAGGAGCCGGAGGAGCUUGAGCCAGAGAAUGUCGAGUCGGCGAUGCUUGAACCGCGGCCUGAGCCUGAGAAUCCCGGACCAGAGAUGCUUGAACAGGUGAAGUUCGGACCUAAGAGAGUCGAACCGGAGCAGCCUACGUCGGAGAGCUUUGAGCCGCAGUCGGCACAUUGCGAAGGGUUCGAGGCACCUCCACAACCGUUACCUCCAACAUCCGAACCAGUUUCUGACCCCCACCCUGCCAUUGAGUCCAAAAAGGAGGACGCUUCCGCACCUGUCGAAGCACCUGUCGAAGUCGCGAAACCCGCACCGACAGCGGAUUUAACGGUGUCCGGUUCUGAGGGCGGAUCACCAAGCGCUGACACUGCCAAUUCUAUGGAACCUGUUGAUACGGUCUCUGAAACUGUUCAACCCGAGACGCCGCAGACGCUCCCUGACGAUGAAACGCGUGCCGAGCACGGGCACUCCGCAAUCCUUGGUCUGAGCGAGACUAAGGAUGACGCCGUCCCGCCUAGCGCCAACGCCCAGGUCCCACCCGAAAAAGGGUCACCCGCAGCCUCAGAGGCUGAAGAUCUCUCUUCACGUCAGCCGAGGAUUUCAUCUGCUACUGAUGAGCCUGUAGAAAACAGCCCAGCCGAGGCCUCUGAAUCCGUUGCUGUCCCUGCAUCGCCAUCGACAAUCUCUUCAGUCGAUCCCCCUAUAGUGGUUUCAAUUGAUCCCGGUUCAUUGGACGAGCCUGCGCCUGAGGCCGCAUCCUUGGAUACGCACCUGUCAAACCCCAAACGCGCCUCUUUGGACCAGAGGCGCAAGAUCAAUCUAGAGCCAAUUCACGUUCCCACCGCAGAGUAUUCGGAUGAUGACAACCUCCUUUCAGACGACUCGUUCAUGGAGGAAUUGAAGUCGGCGACCGUUCAAGAGGCUAGACCCGUGGCGGUGUCAUCGCCCAACGUUAGCUCGCGCUCUGUCUCGAGCCCCGACACCCCGGGAUCACCAGCCAACAUGCAGGCACGGGCAGUGGGCAGGUCGGCUUCCAGCAAUUACCCUGACAACGGGCCGCCGACUCCGGUGCUUAUGGCCAAGAAGAUCAACGUGUCUUCCGGCAUUUCGAAUCGCAUCAAGGCCCUGGAAAAGUUGUCCAGUCGCGAAGGAACGCCUUCCAUCUCAGGCCAGACCGUCACUGGACCCUCCGCCUCGUCCUCCUUUGAAAGCCUGCGGAAGCGCGCGUCGGUCUCGCUGCCCAGUGGUACUCAGCCCCCUGAUUUCUCUCGAGCUCCAAGCUUGAAUCAUCAUACUCACCCGGCUGCUGGCCAUGACACACGCCGCACAAACUCGAUCUCCGUUACGGCUCGCAUCGUCCGAGAUUCGGCCAUGUCGCCCGAGCCCUUGGAGUCUGAUGUACUUAAUCUGCAUGCGAGUCCGUUGACAGUCGAGCAUGAGAGAGCCGAGGGGCCUCUUUUCGAAACCACAACCAAUCAGUCCGAGGACCGAAGGCCGUCCGUCUCAUCUGCCGGCUCCAGGGCGACGUCCCGACCCGGCAGCCGCCUCUCCUUUGCCUCGCGCACCAAAACCGACGACACACUCCAAUCGACCUCUCCCACAUCCGAUGAAAAGAAGGGCUCACGCGCCUCGCGCCUCAUGCGUCGCAUGUCAUCUAUUACGUCCAGUUCCCGCCGCAGCGUCAUCGGUGCCUUGACCUCGCCCGUAAAGGAAGAAGAUACUACAUUUGCAGCUAUGGAUAACCACUCCGUCGCCCACAAGCCAGCCUUCAACCCUAUCGACAUCGGCGAGGUCAACGUCCAGUUCCCCGACACGCUUCUCUGGAAGCGCCGCUUCAUGCGCGUCGACGAGAAUGGAUUCCUAGUUCUCGCGCCAGGAACCACGGACUCCACUGCCCGUAACAUGGUUAAGCGGUACCACCUGUCAGAAUUCCGCACUCCCUGUCUACCCGAUGAGGACUGUCAGGAACUGCCGAAUAGUAUCCUCUUAGAUUUCUUGGAUGGGAGCACCCUCCAGUGUGCUUGUGAAUCACGUCAGGGCCAGGCGUCUACUCUGCAGACCCUCGUCGAUGCCUACAACACCCACCAGCAAUGA